AUGCCGAGCAAGGCCCCAAAAUACGUUUAUCAUGGUCAUAGCAAGAUCAUCUCGGGUGUUAUCGCGGUACUUGAAAAUACUAAUGAACCAUUAUCUCUGCAAGAGCUGGUCGACGAAAUGACCAAGCGACAAUUAGUAGUUUUUCAUGGUGCUACCCCACGUAAUACAGUUAGUGGCGAAAUAAGCAAGCUACUUAACGCUGUAGGUCCUAAUAACGCGCCUAUUUUAAAAGUUAACCAAGGCAAACUCACUAAAUUUUUUUUAAGACCGCGUCUUCAGCAGCAGCAGCACGAUAUGAUGGCAGCAUAUCUUCUUUCAUGUUUAUCUGCCCACUCAUUUUGGUUCAAUUACAAAAAUGAACCCGAGAAAGAUUUCGAAUGUUUUCUUGAGGUCCAUCUUGGCAUAGAUAAUGCACUCGAUCAUUCCUUAAAUGCAGUAUCUAGAUCCAUUAAUGUUGUUGCGGGAAAUUCAAGUGCACACAAUGGAAAAGAGGUAUUCUCGAGCGAAGAAAUAAUGAGCAAAGGAGAGGAUUGCUGUGCAGCCUUUUAA